AUAAAAAUGUGAAGUGGAACUCCAAGCCCCAGGGCUCUGCCGGUACUAUAUUUUCUCUGAGAGGCUGCACACCUGGGAGAUGUUUGGUUCUGUUCAUGCUCUUCUCUGCUUAGCAUUCCUUUUGGGACCACUAACUUCACUGUGUUGUAGAGAAGCAGCCAGAGAAUGAAACUGAUCCAGAGCUGAUGCUCAACAAGUGAUGUUCUACAGAACAUACUUCAGGUGUUCAGUGCAACGUGUUUGAAAGCCAAAGAAACUACCUGCCCUAGCGAGGCAGUCACAAAGACAGAGUGAGAGAGAGCACACUGUUUUCCUCCCUCUAGUCACUGGUAACACAGUCACAGACCAAUAGAGAGACGCGUUGCACAUUACUUGCUCUCAGCCAUUGGGCGUGACAAUUUAAGGACUACAAUGGAAGAGAAUUUGUUCAGUGUGCAGCAGAUUCAGCCCAAUGUAAUUUCAGUGAGGCUUUUCAAGCGCAAGGUUGGGGGUCUCGGGUUCCUGGUGAAGGAACGUAUCAACAAACCACCGGUGAUCAUCUCAGACCUGAUCCGAGGAGGAGCAGCUGAACAAAGUGGCCUUAUUCAGAGAGGGGACAUUAUUCUAGCAGUCAAUGGAAGGCCUUUGGUGGAUAUGAACUAUGGAAAUGCUCUGGAGGUCCUGAGGAGCGUCGCCUCAGAAACCUAUGUGGUUCUCAUCUUGAGAGGCCCAGAAGGCUUCACCACUCAUUUAGAGACAACCUUCACCGGUGACGGGACACCAAAGACUGUCCGAGUUACCCGGCCCUUGUGUACAACCCCAACUUCAGUAGACUUGCCGUCCAGUCCAAGCCUCCUCACCAAAGAUCAGCAGCAAGGGGCAGACCUCACGACAAUGGGCGGUUCUGUCAGUUCUCGAUGUGCCCGAGAAAAUGGGCAGGGAGACGAGACUUUGGUGCAUGUCAAUGGUGUCGUUUCUGGCACCGUUGCAGAGGACUCCCUGAAAGGCAACAGUGAUGACGUUUCUGAACGUUGCCUGAAUGGUAGUGUUGAAAACAGUGAACUGUUAAAAGAGAUCAAGCCGGUCCUGGACCUUCUGAAGAAUAACAGCAAGGAACUCAACGGAGAACCACAAUCCAAGAUGGACAAACGAGAUGCGGAGGUCCAGGUGGACAGUCUCAGGGAAGAAGACCAGAAGUCUGUGAAGCCGCUGCCAGCUGGGAUGGAGAAUGACCGAGUCAUCAAUGACCACUGGGGGACAACUGACACAUCGGCCAUUGUGAGCAACACCUCUUCAGAAAAUGACCAGCCGCCACCUUCGGGCCAGCAGUCACCAACCAAGAGCCUGUUGAACGGGAGCCCUUCCAAGUGCCCACGCUUUGCUAAAGUCAGGAACUGGGAGACAGGUUCUGUGCUGCAUGAUACCUUGCAUCUCAAGAGCACCAUGGUUACACCCUGUAGCGAGCAGGUCUGCAUGGGUUCCAUCAUGAUCCCUUCCCAGCACGUCCGAAGGCCGGAGGAAGUCAGGACGAAAGAGCAGCUGCUCCCACUAGCAAAAGAAUUCAUCGAUCAGUACUAUUCCUCUAUCAAGAGGUUUGGCUCCAAGGCCCACAUGGAGAGGCUGGAAGAAGUAACCAAGGAGAUUGAAGCUACCGACACUUACCAGCUGCGAGACACAGAGCUGAUCUAUGGAGCAAAGCAUGCCUGGCGCAAUGCUGCCCGCUGUGUGGGCAGGAUUCAGUGGUCCAAGUUGCAGGUGUUUGAUGCCCGGGAUUGUACCACCGCCCACGGGAUGUUCAACUACAUUUGCAACCACAUAAAAUACGCCACUAACAAAGGGAACCUCAGGUCUGCCAUCACUAUAUUUCCCCAGAGGACGGAUGGCAAACAUGACUUCCGAGUCUGGAAUUCUCAACUCAUCCGAUAUGCCGGGUACAAGCAGCCAGACGGCACCAUCCUGGGAGACCCGGCCAAUAUUGAGCUGACAGAGAUCUGUAUACAGCAAGGGUGGAAGCCUCCCAGGGGCCGCUUUGACAUCCUGCCACUCCUUCUCCAGGCUAACGGCAAUGACCCGGAACUCUUCGAAAUCCCACCUGAGCUGGUGCUAGAAGUGCCCAUUCGGCACCCCAAAUUUCCGUGGUUUAAAGACUUGGGGCUGCAGUGGUAUGGCUUGCCAGCGGUUUCCAAUAUGCUGCUGGAGAUCGGAGGCUUGGAGUUCUCCGCCUGUCCCUUUAGCGGCUGGUACAUGGGGACUGAGAUUGGAGUCCGUGAUUACUGCGAUAAUUCUCGCUACAACAUCCUGGAGGAAGUUGCCAAGAAGAUGAACCUGGACAUGCGGAAGACAUCUUCGCUGUGGAAGGACCAGGCAUUGGUGGAGAUCAACAUUGCUGUCUUGUACAGCUUCCAGAGUGACAAGGUGACCAUUGUGGACCAUCACUCUGCCACCGAGUCCUUCAUCAAGCACAUGGAGAACGAGUACCGUUGCCGGGGAGGGUGCCCCGCUGACUGGGUAUGGAUCAUCCCCCCAAUGUCUGGCAGCAUCACCCCUGUCUUCCACCAGGAAAUGCUCAACUACAGGCUCACCCCUUCCUUUGAGUACCAGCCUGACCCUUGGAACACGCAUGUCUGGAAGGGCAUCAACGGCACACCUACCAAGAAGAGAGCCAUCGGGUUUAAAAAACUAGCUAAAGCUGUGAAGUUUUCUGCCAAGUUGAUGGGACAGGCAAUGGCAAAGAGGGUGAAGGCCACCAUCUUGUAUGCCACAGAAACAGGAAAGUCCCAGGUCUAUGCAAAAACCCUGUGUGAAAUCUUCAAGCAUGCCUUUGAUGCCAAGGUGACGUCAAUGGAUGAGUAUGAUACUGUCCACCUGGAGCAUGAAACCCUUGUGCUGGUGGUCACAAGCACUUUUGGCAAUGGAGACCCACCUGAGAAUGGCGAGAAAUUCGGCUGUGCUCUGAUGGAAAUGAGGAAUCCGAACUCCAACUUGGAAGAGAGAAAGAGCUACAAGGUACGGUUCAACAGCGUCUCCUCUUAUUCGGAUGCCCGGAAAUCCUCAAGUGGUGGACCUGAAUCCCAGGACAACUUCGAGAGCACUGGGCCUCUGGCCAAUGUCAGAUUCUCCGUCUUUGGCCUGGGGUCGCGUGCCUACCCCCACUUCUGCGCCUUUGCCCGUGCUGUGGACACUCUCUUGGAAGAACUGGGAGGCGAACGCAUCCUGAGGAUGGGAGAGGGGGAUGAGCUGUGUGGACAAGAGGAAUCCUUCAGGACGUGGGCCAAAAAAGUCUUCAAGGCAGCGUGUGACGUGUUCUGCGUGGGUGAUGACGUCAAUAUCGAGAAGGCCAACAACUCCCUCAUCAGCAACGACCGGAGCUGGAAGAGGAGCAAAUUCCGCCUGACUUACGUAGCCGAGGCUCCUGAACUCUCACAAGGUUUAUACAGCGUCCAUAAAAAGAGAGUCUACGCAGCCCGGUUUCUAUCACGUCAGAAUUUGCAAAGCUCCAAGUCCAGCCGCUCCACAAUCUUCCUGAGGCUUCACACCAAUGGGCAUCAGGGUCUACGUUACCUCCCUGGAGACCACCUGGGCGUGUUUCCAGGCAACCUUGAAGAGCUGGUCAGUGCCUUGAUUGAACGGCUUGAAGAUGCACCUCCCACCAACCAACUGGUAAAAGUGGAACUCUUGGAAGAAAGAAGCACAGCUUUAGGUGUCAUCAGCAACUGGACAGACGAGAACCGUAUUCCACCCUGUACCAUCUUCCAGGCGUUCAAAUACUACUUGGACAUCACCACCCCUCCCACACCAAUCCUGUUGCAGCAGUUCGCCCUGCUGGCCACCGACGAGAAGGAAAAGAAGCGCCUCCAAAUUCUAAGCAAAGGUCUGCAGGAAUAUGAGGAGUGGAAGUGGUCCAAGAACCCCACCCUGGUUGAAGUGCUGGAGGAGUUCCCAUCGGUGCAGAUGCCCUCUACGCUCCUCUUGACUCAGCUUCCGUUGCUUCAGCCUCGCUACUACUCCAUUAGCUCCUCCCCGGACAUGUACCCUGAUGAGGUCCACCUCACGGUGGCAGUGGUCUCCUACCGCACCAGAGAUGGGGAAGGACCAAUCCAUCACGGGGUCUGUUCCUCCUGGUUCAACCAGAUACAGACAGAUGAAGUGGUGCCAUGUUUUGUCAGAGGAGCUCCUGGAUUCCACAUGCCACAAGAUCAACAGGUUCCCUGCAUCCUCAUUGGUCCCGGGACAGGAAUCGCUCCUUUCCGAAGCUUCUGGCAGCAGCGGCUCUUUGAUGUGACACACCAAGGGCUGAAGCCGUGUUCCAUGACUCUGGUCUUUGGUUGCCGACAGUCCAAGAUAGACCACAUUUACAAAGAGGAGACCCUAUUGGCUAAAAACAAAGGGGUCUUCAAGGAGCUCUACACAGCCUAUUCCCGGGAGCCAGACAAACCAAAGAAAUAUGUGCAGGAUAUCCUGCAGGAACAGCUGGCAGGAUCUGUUUACAAGGCACUGAAGGAGCAAGGAGGUCACAUCUACGUCUGUGGGGAUGUCACCAUGGCCGGUGAUGUCCUCAAGACCAUCCAGAGCAUCGUGAGGCAGCAGGGCAAUCUCAUGGCAGAAGAGGCCAGUGCUUUCAUUAGCAAAUUAAGGGAUGACAACCGCUACCAUGAAGAUAUAUUUGGAGUCACCUUGCGCACCUAUGAAGUGACUAACCGCCUCCGAUCCGAGUCAAUUGCGCACAUUGAGGAGAGCAAGAAAGACACGGAUGAGGACUUGAUGGCCCACGACAAACGCUCUUCUGUGUCUCGUCCUGUUGUUGUGUCCUGAAGGAUGUGUCGCAGACGGUGGCAUUGAAGGAGAAAAAGACGAUGACAAGGAUGGCUGUCUUUCUUUCCCCUUCCCCUUCUGCGUCCUGUGACGGUUUCUUUUUCUCUCCGUGUGCCCUCCUCUGAAGCUCCCUGCUGAAGCGUGAUGGCUUUUGCAACCUGCAGUGGCUCUUCCAACACAAACAAAACACAAAACAACAAAAAAAGAUACAACUGUCUUCUUCCUCCUUCCUCUUGUGGAUGACGAAGCCGUUGAUGCGCUGCAUGAAAUCGCCACCUUUGCAAUCAUAUGCGGCUUUCGGUGUUUCGGGGCCAGGGUUUGGGUCAGAGGGUCGAGUUCGGUUUCUUUCCAGGAAACAGCAUGAAAAUGCAAAAAAGCCCCCUCCUGUGUUUGCCAAAAUCUUGGCCCAGCAUGAUCGGCUUCAGCUAGUGGGCCACAUUUUCCUUUCCCUGUCGUUUUUCUCUGAAAUCUGGUGGGCUGGGGGAGAAGGGGGCAGGUUGAGAGGGAAGGUGGUGGGUGGACGGCUGCUCCAUCAAUGUUGUUCUCGUGCAGAGCCUUGGUCUGCUGGAGGGCAGGAUCGGUCUGUGUCGAACAGGUAACGCUUCCACCUGUGACAGCAUGCUAUUUUCUGUUUGUUCUGUUUUAACACUCACCAUCAGUCCUUCCCUUCUCCUUCCUCAUUUUUCUCCUGAGAUCUUGGCCCUCCUCAGUGUAUCUCAACCAAGGCUGCAGCCAGGGCAUUUACUGCUCUGUCCAGAGCACUGAUUUUUCCCACCUAAGGAGCGUGUGUGAAGAACAGGCUUUUUGCAUUUGUUAUCCAACAGCUUCUGUUUAAAGAAUGAGAGCUUGUUUUUAGAAUCAGCAAAUAUCAGUUUGUUUGGUUUUUAAAUCCAUGGCAGCAGGUGUUUCUCAAAAGCGGCCAGGCUCCGAGGUCCAUCUGUCCGAUCUGCCUUGCCACAAUUUUUCACGAUUACUAUUUUACCAAGUGAUCCUGAACUCAAUCCACUCCCUACCCCCACUCUCCCCCCCCUCAAAGCUGCAUUGAGUCUGAAUAUGGCAGGCUGCUGUAAAGAGUAGUUUUAUAAUUAUUUAAGGAGGGUUUUCAUUACAAGCAGGUAAAACCUUCUGAACAUGACAAAUUAUAUUUGUUCUUAUUUGAUGGUCUUUUUUUUCUGACCUUGACAGUUUUCAGGCACAAAAUACAAAGAUAUUUGGACACGGGGACAAGAUUCUAGAACUUUGUUGGCUGUGGGGAAAUCAGUGGUUCUCCGUUCAUUUCUUAUAAGCGCCAACCAGCAAUCUGGCAACCUCUCCUAGCCCAAAAGGGCUGGUUUUGGCACAGGUUUGAACCCUAAACUUGGGACUACAGAAGUAUUUGACCAGCAGACCACAGUGCUGUGCUCAGGCUUCAGAGAGCAUGGUGGGGAAAUGACAUGUUGGAAGAUCCUGCUUGGACUCAGAUGUUUUUAACCCCCCUCUUAGCUCCAUAAGAUGGUUUUACCUCCUCUGCAAGGCAAAAUGUAACAGCUGCUGCCAAAGGGUUGCUUGUAUGGAGCCACAGCUUGAAGUCAAGGGGGCUAUAGAAUCACCUCAUUCAUGAACUGCCCUGCUCAUAGUUUCCCAAGCUGCUAGUAACUCUGACUGCAAUCCUAAGGACACAUUCCUGGGAGUGUCCCAUUAAAUAAAAUCCAUUUAGAACUGCUCCUUCUCGUACCUAAUCUCACUAUUUUCUGGGUCUCUUUGCACAUCAUUCUUUUUAGAUGAAAAUCUUUAAUGCUUUAAGUGUAUAUUUGAAAAUAAACCCUGUGAUGCAUGAAAA